CAGUUUUGAAAUCCCACUUCUUGAUAAUGUUUGAUUUUCCUUCUUGUAAGGCUGCAAAAUGCCCAUCAUACCUUAUCUUUUUGCACAUCUUUCAACUACCUCUGCUCAAAGUAUCAAAAUUCAGUACACCUACAGAUAUGGCAUCCAAUUUUCUCAAACUUCAUCUUCAAACCUCUAAAACCCAGAUACCAUUCUCUCCCACGCACCCAAACUAUCAUUCCCAUCUCUCUUUCAUCAACCCAAAUGCCUCCUACAACCACAAGUUCCCCACUCUAACACUACAUGCAUCACUUAUUUCCCCUUCUACACCUCCCUCAUCCAGAGAAGAAGCCAUUCUCCAAGCCAAAACAUGCCUUUCCACCUGCUUGGAGAAGCCUCUCAACAAUCCCAAGCUAGUAGGCAAGCUCAAGAAGCUAAAACAACCCAGGUUUCAAGUUGAAAUUCCACUCAUUGAUGACUCUCCAUCAUCUCUAGCUCAACUAGCUCUAGACAUCUUUAAAGAUAUGUCACUCAAAAGGAAAGGUUCUUUAGUUGAGAUUUUAGUUCUUUGGCCUGAUGUUCGUUUAAAAGAAGCUGGAAUUCAAACUUUUGAAUCAUCCUCCUCGUUUAGCCAUAUUGAACAUAUUGACUUACCUUCAGUUAGCAAAAAUAAUAGAAUUUUGAGUCCUUCAGAUGUAGCUGUCUUUUUGGCCCCUGAGCCAUCGCAGCUUGCUCUUAUCAAAGCAAUAGCUGACAGCUUGUAUCCAAAGCCAUUGGUGAUUUUCAAUCCUAAAUGGGGUUCUGACGAAGACAAUGGCUUUGGUGAUUUGAAAGGAUUUGUAGGAUCUUUUGAAGUGAUUUAUUCAUUUAUGGGCUUAGAAGUCAGGGGUGUUUUGAGUAAAAGGAAAGGAAUGGUUUUCAAGUGUGUGAGAGAUGGGGUUUUGAGUGGAGAGCAAUGGUCGGUCCUCGUUGAAGAAGAUGGUGAAUUGAAGGUAGUUUCAAGGUUCAAAUCAAGACCAGGCAUUGAGGAAGUUGAGAAUGUGUUGUAUAAUUUGAUGGCUAUUAAUUCUCCCAUUACAAAAUCUGCCAAGUUCUUGAGGGAUUUGGUCUCUAAUGUUACAGGAAAAAAGUAAGUUUAGUUGAAAAUUUUCCAAGUUUUACAGGGCUUAUCUAUUGAGCUUUCUCAUGCAUGAGUAGCUUGCUGUCUACUUACUACUACUAGUUUUAUUGAAUUUGUGCUUCUCUGAUUUUGAUUUUCUCGUAUACUUUUUCUACAUUCAUUGAGAUUAAUAAUUUCUUUUGUGUGUAUUUUGGUAUAAGAAUUUUCCUAUCCCUUCAACUCCCUGGAUAUGGAGGUUUGCUGUCAGAAAUGGACAUAGGGAAAAGAAAUAUGAAAAGAAUGGUGUCAUUGGCAAAGUGGACAAUGAGAAUAUUUUUUCAAUUUGAUUAACAAAAUUAUUUCAGUUUUUUGGUGAAUAAAAAAGGAUUUGGAAUAUUGACAAUAAAGUCGUUGCUAAAUAGCAAUUAAAAAUUGCAGAUCUCCAAUGCUGACAUACAUAUAUAUAGUGAAAUGGACAUAUCAAGCAGGUAAACUUGCCUUGUAGCUCAAAAAGGCAGCAACCUGUUAUACUAGUUGGUGUUUGAUGGUUGAAUCCUUCAACUUGAUGUUAUAGCUCACCACCCGCUUAUGAAUAUCCAAAAUUCAGCUUUGCUUAUUCAAUUGAUAAUUAAUAAUUCAGUAUUGACUUACAUUACAGGUUUUGUAGUUCCCCUGUAAAAUCACAAACCUCAGCCUUUCUUAUUAUGAUUUUUCUUUUAUUAAUAAAUAUCAUAGUUUUCAUUAUCUAAUUUCAUGUUUAGUUGGUUAAUACCAGGUAUAUUUGCAAGCUUUAAUCUUUUAUCUCAAUACAGUAUGAAAUUAUAGAAAAAGAGAGAUCAUCAUAAGGGAAGAACAGUUUGAGAAAAAAAUAUAAAAAGAGCAGAAGCCUGUUGGUGUUAUGAUUUUCAGAAUCUGUAUUGUAAGGCCUUGAAUUUGCAAAGAACUCUCUCCCCCUUAUCUUCUUUCUCAUAUACAAACAUGUAUAUUUUUAUCAUCAUUAUCGUAACUCACUAUAUACUCUCAAAAUGUCUUUGUUAAGAAGCUCUAAUAUGACAUCCCUUUAUGAACUUAUCCGAGAAAUCGAUGUACUUAGCCCACAAUGGUCGGAGUUGAGGGAAGGCUAUGUCGAGCCAAGGCUUUGCUCUGCCAUUGAAAUGGAUGACCCCAGCUGUUUCAGCAUCAGCUAAUGUUGUAUUAUCUUGGUACCCCAAUCCCAACAUGUGCCAAAAUGGAUCAAUCACAUGAACAUGCCCAUAGAAUGCUAUUAAACCAGGGGGUAAUGUUCCUAGUUGCCACAAACUGAGGUCUGAUUUGAAAUUCUGCAGGCCUCGAGAUCGAAAAUGUUCAUGCCAUAUGCCCAUGCACAUUCGUUAGGGUCAAAAUUCUUUGCAAUUAAAGGAUGGGAGAAGUUGAGAUAGCUUUUGAACCGCUUCGACAUGACGAACGAGUCUUCACCCCUACAUGUCUCCACUGCUCCAUUAACUUUUCCAUUCAUAUCGAUGUCCCACAGAGGUGAAAGAUCGGUUUGAAUCACGAUGUCAUCGUCUAGGAAGACUACCUUGUUAAGGCUCGGAAACAACUGCAAAGAAAACGGAGAACCUUCCCUUUUGAAAGCCAAUCGAAUUGAUGCAAAGCCUUGACCUCAAUUAUAGCAGGGUCUAAAGGAUGCAAUGAGAACCAGGCCUGCAUAGGGGAGUAAGUUUUCCUAUCUGUUAUAAUGUGGAGCACGAAUUUUUCGGGGCGUAACGCGUUUUUAACAAGGGAUGUAGCGACGACCGAGGCUGCAAGCACAUUAUCUGAGGCAAGGACAAAGUGGAAGUAAGAGUUAUCAACAAGGGCCGGGACGAGUUCGGCUGAAGGGAGUUGGAGGCGAGCGGCUGCAUUGUUGGAGUGUUCAUUGGCUAGCUUUAGCGCUAAGCAAUGAAGCUGUUUCGGUAUGCUGCUCGAUGCUACAUGGCGAUACAAAUAUUCUUGAAUUUUGGCUGUUCUGGUUCUUUGUUCAAGUAGAACUAUCUGAAAAACAAAUGCCAAAUUGUUCAUUAGCUCCAAUGAUAUCUUCAUUAAUUAACUACAAUAUAUGUAUUCAAGUGAAUAAUACCAUUUCUCUAAGCCUUAGAGCAAAGGCUUUUGCA